GCAGCAGCAGCAGCAGCAGCAGCAACGGCAAUAGCAGCAGCCAACAGGAAUAAUAUACACAGCAGUGCACCACUCGCUGACCGCCGGCGCCACAUAUAUAGAUAAUAUAAACUCUGCGAAUAUUAUCAUAACAAAAAAAAAAAAAACCGUCAUUUGUUUACGAAACAAUUCUACACCAUCGACCGCGCAUAAACCGACGGCAAAAUAGUGAUAUAAUUUUUUUUAAUUUUCGUUUUUCGUCGCGACCGUGCGCGUUUGUCGGACGACAGCCGUUUUACAUUUUUUUGUUUCAUCUUUGACAAUACUAUUAAUCUGUUCGUCGCAAAUGGUCCGCAGAGUUUUGCCGGUGGAAGACGCCGUACCGUUCGACCAUUGGCAGCGUUCCGACCCGUCCAAGGACAACGGCGCCAGUCAAGAAAACAUCUGGUUGACAAAAGCCAUGUCGACAUCGCCUGAUCAAUUGUUGGCAACUUCACCAGACGAACUACUUAAAGGCUCCAGUGUCGUCUUCGAAGUGCCGUCGUCGGAAUUAAAAAAAAAUGACCACCACUUCAAUCCACCCCAUGAAAAAUCACCAUCAGAUGCCAGUGAACGUGGACCACUCUUUACACAACCUCCAUGGCAGAAACUGUUAUUGAUUUUCUUGGCCGAACUGAUCGGAACGGCAAUCUUGAUGUUUUUCGGUUGUAUGGGAUUAAUUCCGACCAUUCCCGGAGGUAGUCUCGGGCCGUACAGCGGUGCGAUUUCCUUCGCUUGCUCCGUAGCAAUAACAAUUGUCAUCAUUGGGCACAUUAGUAACUGUCAUUUGAAUCCGUGCGUUACGCUGUGCGCUUUAUUAUUGGGAAAAAUACCUUUGAUUUCGGCAAUUGUUUACGUCAUUGCUGAAUUCCUCGGCGCGUUGAUUGGAUACGGCCUCUUAGUAGUGAUAACGCCUUAUAACAUGUUAGAUGCUCAACUUAAUGCUAAUAUUUGUGUAACAAGUCCGAUUGAAAGUUUGUCGGCUUCGCAAGCGCUUUUAAUCGAAGCCAUCGCAACCGGUUGUCUUAUGAUGGUCGUGUGUGCCGUAUGGGAUCCUCGUAGCGGAAGCGGAGAUUGUGCACCACUCAAGUUCUUGGCAGUCAUUCUUCUGACAUCUAUGGUUGUUGGUCCUUUUACUGGGAACAGCUUAAACCCCGCAAGGACUUUAGCGCCGGCCAUUUACAAUAACGCUUGGAAUAUGCACUGGAUCUAUUGGGCCGGUCCAUUUUCUGGUACAGUCGUUUCGACAUUAUUUUACAAAUAUGUAUUCAUGGCAUUGGACAGCGGUGAACGUGGAAAAUAAAAUCAAUAUUCAUUUGUAGUUUGUAUACAUCUAUUGUUUACAAAAAAAAACGUGGCUCUAAAUUGCCACCUCUGUUUCUGUAGUAAUUUUAAGUUUUUUUAGCUUGUGUCCUAUAGUUAUAUUAUUUUUAAUUUAAACUUGAUUGAACUUAAUUAUGUUUAAUUGUGAAUUUUAUUCAUUUCAUUUAUUGAUAUAUGAUUGUAUUUUUAAGUGUUUAUAAUAUUAUGAAUUGUUUUAAUUAACGGAUUCUAUGUACAAAUAUCAGGUUUUUCACUAUAUUAGUGUAUUAAAUACAAACAGUAUUAAGCAAACGUCCUUGAUUUCAUAAAAUAAUGAACAAAACAAAUUACCUACAAGCAAUAAUAAGUAUAUAAAACAUAAUCAUAUUAUUUUUUAUAACAUUGCUGAUUUUGUGUACUGUAUUAUUAAGUCAAUAUUAGUAUUAAUAUCAGAAAAAAAAUAGAAAAUGCUAUAAAACCACUAUUGAUAAUGAUUUUCUUCCGCCUCCGAUUUUUUUUAUUUACACUAUAAUUAUGUGUUCGCAAAAUUUGUAUGUAUAUUUUUUUUUAACCGAGAUUUAAAAUUGUAUACCGUGUGUACGAUUAUAAGAAAUUGAUUUAAUAAUUAUUGUAUAAGCAGUUUUGAGUAUUCCAUUAAUAUAGUGACAAUCUAAAUGAUAAGUUGUAUAUCUUUUGUAACAUGUGUAUAUUUAUAUGUCAUUAUUAGUUUUACGUGCAUCAUGACAAAAUAUUAUAAUCUGCUCAAAUUGUGCCUAUGGCAACUGUAUGUAAAUUAUUACACUAUUUAUAUUUUAAAACCAUACAUUUUGAGAGUUGUAUUUUUAUACUUAAAAGUAAUAUAUGUUUUUAAUUUUAUUAUA